AUGGUUUCAUAUCAAUAUAUAAGGUUAUUUAUUUUGUCUUCUGCUGUUCUUUCCAUUCAUGCUUCAACAAACAAUGUAGAAUUAGGAAAUGAUGCAGAUCAUGUUGUAAAGACGGCGGACCCUUCAAACAUCAUUGUUGCAUUAGAAGGAACUACAAAAAAUGCAGAGUAUAAAGAAGAAGUAUUAGAAGGGGAAGGGGAAGGAGAAACGGAAGGGGAGGGGCCAGUGGUGAAAGAUGACGAUAAGGACGACGAUAACGAUGACUAUGAUGACCUCGAUGAUGAGGAGUGUGAAGUAGAGUAUGGUGAAAGGGAAGGGGAGGAAGCUGAUCAAAGGGAAGGGCAGGAGGAAGGAGAAACGAAAGGAGAAAAAGGAAUUGUUAAAGUCCAGGGGGCAAGAACUUUUACUGAAAAUAGAGCCCCAAAACCAGGACAACAAAAAGUCCAAGAGAAAAAGGAUUCUAAUGAAAAAGGUGCUCAAAAACCAGCACAACAAAAAGUCCAGGGGACAAGAACUUUUACUGAAAAUAGAGCCCCGAAACCAGCACAACAAAAAGUCCAAGAGAAAAAAGAAAUAGAAGAAGAAAAAAAGAAGGAAGAGGCACUUCUGAAGGAAAAGGAAAAAAGUCAGAAUAAGCUAAGUAUAGGAAACACAAAAGUCUACAGUGGUCCACUCGCUGCCUUAGAGAAAUAUGAAGAUGAACUGGAAGAAGAACGUAAAAGAUCUUUAAGAUAUGAUGAGGAAGAACGGAGAAGGAAAAUGAAAGAGAUGGAAAAAGGGCGCAGUUUCCUGAAUAAAUUUCAGAGUCCAAUGUAUACAAAUGGAGCUCAUAGUGAUGAUAUAGAGGCGUAUAUAGGAGGUGAUGGGGACGACGAAUAUGAAAAAAAAAAUAAUACAAGAUCCUUAAGGUAUGACGAGGAAGAACAUAUAGAUGAUGAGGAAGAAAUGAAUGAAUUGUUAUUUGGGGAAUUUAAAAAAUGGGAAAAUUACGGAACGCAUACCAUCCCUUCUUCUCACUACGAAGUGUUAUGUUUUGAGGAUAGAUUGAACGAUUAUGAAAUAAAUAAAGAAUUAAAUGAAAUGGAAAAAAUGCCUAAAAAGUGCGAAUUAGUUUCUCUUUACUGGCAAUCAUUCAUGAAUGAAAAGAGCAAAUAUAUUAAUGCUAACAAACGUUUGUUCAAAAAAUUUCUAGAAUUAAAAAAAAAACAAAAUUUAGAGACUAUGGGAAAAUAUAACAAUAAAUGGAAAAAAUGUAGUAAAAUAGUUGGUACUAACUUUAAAGAACAGCGAGAAUAUGUUAAUGAUAUAUUUUAUACACAUAUGACAAAGGAAAAUUUGAGCAAAGAUGAAUUUAAAGGGAUUUUGGGCCAUGUUAGGGAAUCAUGGAAAGAGGUGACCCUUAAGGUGACGCAAGAAUGUGUAGCUCUUUUGGAAGAGCCAAUUGUGCCGGAUGUCAAAAUCCUCGAUUAUAACCCUUAUUAUGGGGAAGCAUAUUUUAAAGUUACACGUAUGAGCAGCCCCCAAGUGAGCUCCUAA